UCUGUGGUGGAUACACACAUGCAGUGCCAUUUGCGCUCACCGGAGUUUGUAACGAAGUUUGUAAAAUAAUGUUGCCACAUUAAGAGCGUUUCAUGAUGCCGGUUACUUUUUCUUGAACUAGAGAAUCUGAAGAAGUUCAUCAGAGAUGUAAAGAGAAUCUGGCAACCGCGCACAGUAACUUUACGCACGGUCAAGUUGGACAUAAUUUACACACACACACACACACACACACACACACACACACACACACACACACACACACACACACACACACACACACACACACACACACACACACACACACACACACACCAUGGAGAGACACGCACCGCAGGACAUUCACUCUUCACCACCCCGACUGAAAGCAGGCAGUUGGAUGGACACGCAGCGAGCCAGAUGUUAGGUGAGAAAUGCCAGAUGUUAAGAGGCUCGCGAUGCUUCUGAACGGGAGUCAGGUGAACGACUCCACUGCUGGAGAUCACGCGCUCCACAGACCGCCCUGGAUCACCAUAACACUCGGCUGCUUCCUCAUCUUCACCAUCGUGGUGGAUAUUUUGGGUAACCUGUUGGUUAUUUUCUCCGUCUACCGGAACAAGAAACUUCGGAACGCUGGGAACAUCUUUGUGGUGAGUCUGGCUGUCGCAGACCUGGUGGUUGCUCUGUACCCGUACCCACUGGUGCUGGGGGCCAUCUUCGGGCAGGGUUGGCAUGCGGGGGCGGCGCAGUGCCAGAUCAGCGGCUUCCUGAUGGGCGUCAGUGUCGUUGGCUCUAUUUUCAACAUUGCAGGCAUCGCUGUAAACCGCUACUGCUACAUUUGCCAUAGUCUACGCUAUGAACGGCUGUUCAGCGAGCGGAACUCAGCAUGCUAUGUGGCACUGAUCUGGGCGCUGAGUGUGCUGGCUGUGGUGCCUAACGUGUUUGUAGGCUCGCUCCGCUACGAUGAUCGGGUCUACUCGUGCACGUUUGCACAAUCGGCCAGCGCCGCAUACACUCUCGCUGUCGUCUCCUUCCACUUCCUGUUGCCCAUCCUGGUGGUGGCCUACUGCUACCUGCGCAUAUGGGUGUUAGUGAUCCGUGCACGGAGACGCGCUAGGCCAGAGACUCGGCCGGGUGGAGUGACGCCGCAGGACGUCCGCAACUUCGUAACUAUGUUCGCCGUAUUUGUGCUUUUUGCCGUAUGCUGGGCGCCGCUCAAUGCCAUCGGCCUGGCUGUGGCUGUAGCACCCGAGCGAGCCGUCCCUGAGUGGCUCUUCGUGGCCAGCUACUUCCUGGCGUACUUUAACAGCUGCCUCAAUGCCAUCGUCUAUGGCGCACUCAACCAGAACUUCCGCCGUGAGUACAAGCGCAUAAUCUUGUCCCUCUGCACGGCGAGCGUGUUCUUUCCGGAAAACUCGAACGAUGCGCAGGAGAGACUCCGAAGCAAACCGUCUCCACCACUGACCAACAACAACCAGGUCAAAGUGGACUCAGUGUGACCAGUGUGUGUGUGUGUGUGUGUGUGUGUGUGUGUGUGUGUGUGUGUGUGUGUGUGUGUGUGUGUGUGUGUGUGUGUAAAUUCUUAAGCAAGGUGCUCUUACUAUGAACCAAGAACAAAACAAGACAAAACACAGAUUGAUCAAAGAACAAAUCUGUGGAUUCUCAUCCGUUUCUAACCUGCAGGGAAAAUCUGCUGUGUUUUUAUGAUCUCACACUUAUGCAGGUGUCCAGCAGAUUAUUUUAUUGUGGGGAAGUUUUAAAUGUUUUUUCUUUCAAAAAUUAAAUGUAUGAUGUGUAAAAAAAUAUCUGUAUAAAUCUACACAUAUUUAUUUCUCCACAAGAGUCUCUGGACAGGAAACAGGUCGAUUAAAAAUGUCCUUUAUGCAUCGUAUAUGAUAUCAUGUCUUAAUUUUGUAUUUUUAAUUAUUGCCUUUUUUUGUUUGUUUGUUUUGUAUUUUCUUCAGUGCUGCUUUUAUAAUUCUCAUUUCAUUCAUGGUUCGAGGAAAUUGAAGGUAUUCUGUAGUUUUGCUGUCGGUUUUUCAACAUGUUCGGUACCGUCAAUGUUGUUGAUUGUGUUAAUGACACAUUGUUGAUGAAUAUUAAUUAAAAAUUGUCAGGAUGAACGGAUCAUAAAAAAAAAAACACAAUGUUUUUUUUCUAGACUCCCGAAACUCUGCGGAUAAAAGUACAUUAAUACCAGCAGAACUUUCCCCCUUCACCAAACGGAUGAACAAAGUUUACUUCAACGUUUAAUGUUUUUUAUCUCACUGCACUUGUAGCUCUCUGCUCGGUGAGCAAAGCAAUACGUCUGAAGCGCUGCUUACCCACAAUCACCUGCAAGCGUCUUCUGAACACAAAAUCUGUAAGAAACAUGAUUUCUGAUCUUUCUGUUGUUUCGCCACUUACUCUGUCUUUCUUCCUCUGUGUGUGUGUGUCUUUCAACAUUCAAACUUUCUCUCUCUCUGUCUCUCAGUCUCUCUGCCUGUCUCUCAGUCUCUCUGUCUGUCUCUCAGUCUGUCUGUCUCUCAGUCUCUCAGUCUCUCACUCUCUGUCUCUGUCUCUCUCUCUCUCUCUCCGUCUCUCUCUCUCCCUGUCUCUCUCUGUCUCUCUCUCUGUGUCUCUCUCUGUGUCUCUCUCUGUAUGUGAAUUGCAGGAUGAAACAGCUUUUUGAUCAGAGCCUCUUUCUGGCCCU